GCUCUGAGGCCCGAUUCCGCGCCCGCCAUGGCCGACAAAAUGGAUAUGUCUUUGGACGACAUCAUUAAGCUGAACCGGAGCCAGCGAGGCGGUCGCGGCGGAGGCCGGGGCCGCGGCAGGGCCGGCUCCCAGGGCGGCCGCGGCGGGGCCGUGCAGGCCGCCGCGCGGGUGAACCGAGGCGGCGGGCCUCUGAGGAACCGGCCCGCCAUCUCUCGCGGCGCUGCAGGCGGCGGCAGGAACCGGCCGGCCCCCUACAGCAGGCCGAAACAACUUCCCGACAAGUGGCAGCACGACCUCUUCGACAGCGGCUUCGGGGGUGGAGCCGGCGUGGAGACGGGUGGAAAGCUGUUGGUGUCAAACCUUGACUUCGGAGUGUCAGACGCGGAUAUUCAGGAGCUCUUCGCAGAGUUUGGAACAUUGAAGAAAGCAGCUGUGCACUACGAUCGCUCUGGACGAAGUUUAGGGACAGCAGAUGUGCACUUUGAACGGAAAGCAGAUGCCCUGAAGGCUAUGAAACAGUACAAUGGUGUCCCCUUAGAUGGCCGCCCCAUGAACAUUCAGCUCGUCACGUCACAGAUUGACACGCAAAGAAGACCUGCACAGAGCAUAAACAGAGGUGGCAUGACAAGAAACCGUGGCUCUGGAAGUUUUGGUGGUGGUGGCACCCGGAGAGGGACCCGUGGAGGCAGCCGAGGAAGAGGUAGAGGAACCGGCAGGAACUCAAAGCAGCAGCUCUCUGCGGAGGAGUUGGAUGCACAGCUGGAUGCGUACAAUGCACGGAUGGACACCAGUUAAACAGCCGAGCAAAUCCACAGAAGUAACAGGACCCAGAAGCCUCGUCCGUGAUCCCUAGAGGGAGGGUUGGCAACUGGACUGUGCAGACAAUGGUGGAUUUGUUUUUUGUUUCUCUUUUUUUUUUUUUCCUGUUUUAAAAUAGGAUCUAAAAACUCAUGUAAAGGCUUUUUUCUUUUUUUUUUUUAAUUCUGAAACAGACCUGUUUUGUACCGAGUUAUUUUUGGGAUAAAUUUUACUGGUUGCUGUUGUGGAGAAGGUGGCAUUUUCACCUUUGCCAUAAUAAACUAGAAUUGUGUGUAGAA